CUUUAAGACGUAUAAGAAUGAUAUUGCAGUUGAAGUUUUUGUUGCUCAUCGUAGGGCUCUAUAUGACCGUGACCGAUGGUCAGGAUUGCAACAAGCCUCCAAAGAUGAUGAAUCCUAAAGAAUGCUGUCCCAUUCCUGAGUUUAUUACACCUGAAAUCAAAAAAGCUUGUAUGGAUGAAAUGGAAGCGAAAAUGAAGCCUGGCCAGAAGAAAAACAGGAUGAAUCCCUGUUUCGUAUCCUGUAUGUUACGUAAAGCUGGCAUUACCGACACCAAAGAAAUCCCACCAGAGAAAUUUAACAGCUAUAUUAGGACCGUUUUCAAGGAUAAUAAGGAGCUACAGUCUGUGGCUAGCGCUGCUUUUGCCAAUUGCAGCACUAAAGUAGAGGAAUUCAGAAAGCAAAACAUGCAAUUCAUCAAGAACGCGCCAGCACCUGAACCAGGAUGUCACUAUAGUCAUGCUUUUAUAAUAGGCUGUUCUGCUAUGUCGCUUGUGGAGAAUUGCCCAGCUGCUAUGUGGACUAAUAAGCCCGCGUGCAACGAAGCUCGUGCCUUCGUUCAAAAAUGCAAAUCCAAAAUGAUGAUGGGACCUGAUGCCAAACAAUAA